AUCUGCGUUUUCUUGGUUUUGUUUUUGUUUUUGUUACUCAAGUGUCAGGGAACGGGAAUGAUCGAAGUACAUUUCCUCAGCUAUGCAAAUCCCAGGCAGAACGACCAUCAAAACAGAUGCUGUACCGGGCAGGAGGUCCAGGGCCGAUGCUCCUCACCCUGCAGGACAUUAUUCACAGUCUGCGUCGGUUUUUUACAUAACAUACAAGGCUGCUACUUGGGAAGGAAGUCCUCGGGCAUCCUGGGUAACAGCUCGUUCGUUAUCCCAUCCAAUAGCUUGUUGCAGAUACCAUGGCGAGCCAUCCAAUCGUGGCCGGUAAGAAUAAACCUCUCUUCUUAUGGAACCAUCCCAUUAGAGGGUACUUAUUAAUGACAAUCAUUGUCAAAAGUUUUGGGAAGGCUACUACUUUUUACGUCUUUUUUUGUUUUUUUCCCCGUACCCCCGGUGUGCCUAAUUGUUCUGUUAUAUACCAACACCGAAUUGGCUGGGCGGGUGGUACUAGCAAAACGGAAAACCCAUCUUCGUUUUGAACAAUUUGGACAACCCUUCCUAAGUACUUUUCUCCGACAUUGUAGUUUUAUUCGCGGAGUUUCCGAACUUUUCCAAGUUUUGAGGUCUUUGAAUCUUUGUCAAAAAUAUUUUGUCCAAGGAACCCCUGACUAGGGGUACCAAUGUCUGUUUUAAAAUAUGUAUUUUUAAUUAGACGGUUUUACCAGACUUUCGCUUUCGCGAUACUUCAAUAGUCUUUUCGACAUUUCAUUUUAAAACCUUAAGUUGUGAAAUACAAUUUCAUCCCUUAAGACUGCGAAAAAACUUGACUUUCGAACUCUGACGAGAGUGAAAAAUUGACAUCGAAGAAAUAAGUUCGAAUAUCGGAAAACGAAAAGUGUACCAGUCAACACUGUCCUUCACAAUUAAUCGAUACGACAGGGUUUUCCGCAAAAGUGAAUGCUUCCGAAGAAAUAAUUCAGUAUUAUAACCGAUUUACUGCAUACCGUAGAAGUAAAAACGAAAAAAACAGACAGUUGAUUUCAGAUCGUACUUUUUUCUUUUUUAAGACGGAUGUUGAUAUGUUCUAUAUUUUCUAUUUUGAGGAUAUUUAAUGGGGCGUAUUAUUGUGUUUGUUACUAGAAUUUCCGCUUGAAAAAGAGCCUUAUUUUUCGUGGGAAAUUUCAGUUUCGAUAGGUCUCCAAAAACUUGUAAUUAUUUCCUCUUAUUUUGUGAAUAGUUUCCGUAUUGUCUAAAUAGACAAUUUUUUAAGGUUCCUUUUGGAAAUUGAAAAGCAAAUGGAGUGACGUGAUAUGCUGUAGCUCUUAGUUGCUUUUUAAACUUUUGCCGGAACUUUCCUUCCUACCCGUUAAGAGGCUUAGUCGAGGAUAAAACACAACAGAGCGUUUAUGCACUGUUAGUGUUUGGGUUUCUUUUUAUUGUUGCAGCUUCCGAGAGGAAACAUCCUAAUGUCGAACAAUCGUUCCCUUCGUCUCUAUUUUAAUCUGUUUAGCAAAUUUUAGACUUGGAACGGGCGAUGGCGAUGAAAAUAUUGCAGAAGCGAGGACCACCGGCCUUGUUUCAGUCCAACAAUCGUGUAAAAUCACUUCAAUCUAUAAGACUCGAUUUAUUUUGAACGGAAGGAAAUGGGUUGUCGUCUUAAUGUCGAGCGAGGAAACGCAACUUAUUUUACUGUAAUACGAGGAAGGCGAACCACAAAGGCCGUAUAAACAUCUUCUUAGUUUGGGUCUAGAUUUUCAGGUUCGUGUCAAUGUAACAGACUGUUUUAACUACCCAUUGUAACUUCUUUAUACUUGGCCUAGACUGGCCUUCUCGCGGAAUCCUUUUUCCCCCUCUCGUUGGAAAGUUUCUAAUUAGAGAAGGCUUGCGAGUUCUGUAUGUUUUCAAGCCUCCACAAAAUAGUAUUCGUCAACGUUGAUUUUGUUGACCCCUUUUUAACAUCGGACCAAUUUGCGGACGGACAAUGCAUGGGAAAUAGUGAUUUGAAAUUUCUCACGGCCGGAUGAAGUGCUGUCACAUAAGCGAUAUACUGGGCUAUUUUCGUAUUUUCCGUUGUGAUGUGAUGUAAGAUAAAAUGAAUUUGAAAAUUUCCCAUGCGAGAACGUCUGAUAUUGAAGCCCGAUACGUGGGAGUCAAGGUUGGUCGGCCACGUUUGAUUUGCACAUGAUCACAGAAGAUUGUCUUAAUGGACAAAAUCCUACAUUCAACUGAAGCAUUUAAAAAGAAACUAUGAAGCGGUAUGUUCUUACAGUGCUGUCCAAGGUGGUUUUACUUUAAGUUACUUGUCUGUUGCUGUUGUCUGUAGUAUAGAAUAAGUUUGUGUUUUUCUCGGUCAGCGUUUAUCCUAAAUGGUCACCAGGAAUUAAUACGGCUUAAGAGUCCAGCUGAAGUGUUUGUGUCAAAAACGAAACACUAGUUCACUGACAGCCGCCUGGACUUGUCAAAAUUUCUGUAUGAGUACACUGAAAGCAAUUAAAAGUAUCUUUGACCAAGGAAAGAUGGAAGUAGACUAUUACCCUAAAAGAGUCUGACAGAAGUUGUUACUUUUGGAAGAAAUCGCUUUAUCGAAACUAUUGAUUAUGGUUCCGCUUACAACUGGAAAAUGAACUGAUAUCUUUCUCUUUUUUGUUUUUGGUGUUUUUCGUUUUUCUUGCGUUAGUGAGUGUACUUCAAAAUUCUAGCUUAGUUUACUCAAAACGUGGGGAGAUCAUCUGAAAGUUAUGUCACGUUGUUGGUAGUGACCUUUGCACGCGCCACUUUACUUACGCAUAAAUAUUGCAAUUUGUUAAAGCGUUCUAAGCUGCUUAUCGAACACUACAUCGAUUUCUGUAUUCUCAUAUAAUUUCCUAACAUUCGUUGCGUGUGCCAAUCAGUAUCAAGUGUUAAUUGCUCUCUCGCGCGAAUUUGUAGUGUGAAAGUAUCGAGUAUGUAAAAACAUUCAGAGCAUAACUCAUAUUUUUGUGUCUUUGCUUCACAGGGCUCAUUCCAGCUCGUUGUCACAGCUAAACAUCAAGGUGAGCAAAUGUCUUCGGUUUCUGUUUAGUGCCUAUUCAAUUUCAAUAUAUUUUUGGCCUGUUAGAGAGCUUUGUGCGUGAAGUUUUUAACCUUAAACAUUAACUGCUCUGGAAUGUUGCAGCGUGGAAGGUAAUGAAUGUGGGUGUUUUCAGACGCGAUAACCCUUUCAUUAUUGGGAUUAAAAUUUACUCUCGCCUCACAAAAUAGGUCAUUGCGGCACGCGAAAGGUUAUCUCUUGCAUCCAGACUUCAUGAACAGGAUAUAAUUUAAAUCGCUAACAACUUUCAUUCAACUCUUAAAAAAACACGGUGUCGAUGAAUGCUGUUCGUGUGUAGACAGUAAACAUUGAGUGAGUGAGAGUAUUCUCCCGCGGAAAAGGUCAUAUAUUAAUUCGAUAUCCGUUUGACACGCUACACGGCAAUAACAGUGCCGUGAAUUCCUUCAGCAAAAGCUUAAGAGCCAACGAUUCAAACAUUUCACUUUAGAUUGACAUUCUAUGGCGUUUGUGUGUGUAUACAAUAAUUAUAAAACCAUUUGUUCCUGGAGAGAAUCUUUGCUGUCAUUUGUUGUUUCAGUAAAGUCAUUGUUGAUUUUACACGCAAGCGAGUAACCCCCAGGAUUGAUUUGAUGGCUUCAAAAAUGCCCGCUCAGCGAUUCCAAACAUUGGAGAAUCCUCCAAGUCGUCUCUAGUGUCUCAAAGCUGAAUAAGUUCUUUCUUUCCUAAAUUAUGUCUAGUAUAUAGAGGCAUUCAGGAAAUGAAGACACGUUGUUGUUAGCUUUUGCAGUUAAUUGGCCCCAUGAUUUUUUUAUGGGCGUAAUUUUAACCUUUUAGUUCCUGUUCAGUCUUGAAAAAUCAUGUAAUUUUGUUGUUGUUUUAGCUUCUAAAUCCAGCCAUAAGGUCGUGUCGGUACAUCUUGCUUCUGCUCAUAAUUUUUUUCAGUCAGUUUUCAUUAACCCUUUCACUGCCAAAUGUGGCCAAAGGCAAAUUUCGACCAAAUAUCCAAAUUUCAUUUUCUAAAAUUUUGACAAACAAAUAGCAUCAUGUGAAAGUACAGGCAGAGAGCUUUCAUUUGAAUGGUCACAUCAUGGGAUUUCGUCCACAGACUCAAAAGUUAGAGUCACCUUACAAAACUCCAUCGAGCACCCUGGCAGUGAAAGGGUUAAGAGUUUUCAUUCACUCAGUUUCAGUCGAAGCUGACACGUAAAAGAGCCUAAAGAGCGACUGACACAGUAACAAAUAUAAAUCACUGUCUCAUUUCCUUCUCAUAAUACUCUAGCAUAGAUCUUCUUUUCUCCAGUUAUCUUUUUAAAUCUCUUAACUCACUUAACCUAUAUGUUCAAUAUCUCCGAUCGUGAUAAUGGCGUGCUAAUGAAGCCUGGCUAAACAGCUUAUGUGGUACGUACAAACAGCUAGUGCCGGGAUGUUAUGUUUGUAUCAGUUGAAGUGGGUUAAUGAGUUGUUCGGUCCUGAUAACCUUUUGCCCCCAUCGCCUUGUCAACGGAUUGUCCGGUUGUCUUAAAAACCAGCCAUAUCGGCGCGCUGAUAAGGUUAAUCCUCUAAAACUGAUGUUACAGGAUUUUCAUCCCAUCGACGAUUUUUAAUUUUAGCGUAGUUUAAAAGCUCUUUGCUAGAUAACUUUGGCAUCGUGUUCUGUGGAAUGCUAGACAAUCUUUGUUAGUGCCAACAUAUUGUGUGUUUGAGGCGACUAGGUUCAAAGACGUACAGAAACAUAUUGCCACAACACAUCGAUAGGAUAAGGUUGCUUAUUCGAUUUCAGUGCUGCGACUUCAUUGCAUUAAUCUAAUUGUAGUCUCAUGUGUCGCCGUGUUUUUAUAUGAAAUCAUAGAAUGUAAUGACUCUUCGAAACUGGCGACUACUCUUUCGACAAUAUCUUGAGGAGUUACAGCCAACCGAGUUUUGAUUUAGUUUGGUUUGGUUUACUCAUGACCGUAGAGAUUAAUUUUCGGCUUACUAUGUUGCCUCUUUAUCAUAUCUUCCGUCUAGUUAUUUGGCUUACGUUUGGAAAAUCAAUUAGUCUGAAAUUCGCCGAUUUUAUGUCUCGUUAAUUCCUAUUGUUUAGACACGAAACGCACGAGUUCAUAACCUUCGUAUAACUCUCUGUCUGAAAAAACAGGCAUUAAGAUAAAGCCGCUGUGUCGACAUAGUCACUAAGGAAUCAAAGUGAUACACUAACCCGAUAGAAAUCCGGAAAAAUGCUCUGAAGAAUUGACUUUUAAAUAUGCCUUUUUGAAUCUAAGGUAUAGUCCGCAAUCAACUUGUUAAAGUGAAGUUAGAAACACGUUUCAUCGCUCAAUUCUUGGCCGCAAAGGCCAACUUUCUUGGAAUGAUAGGCUUUCUCUUUUUAUCCAUAUUGCCAGGGAGUACCAGCCCAUAUCGUGCUCCAGUUUUUGACGUGGGCUCAAAAACGUUUUUUUAAAAAAACAUCUUUUCUGCACUGAUCAGAAUAUCAAAAACAUCAGCUUGGGUUUUCUUUGCGGAAAACUCCUUGAAUUCUGUGCUCAGCUUAUGAUAAGUUACUAAGCUUAAAGGUUUAUGGAGAAUAUGAACUGGGAAAGAAAGGUUAACUCGAUAGCCUCUAGCAGGGCUUAACCAGCUUGCGAACAGGAAAGGAUAAUUAAGAGUUAUAAGAAUUCUUUACUUAUUUGGCGCCAUUGCCCUCCCUAAAUGGCGUGCCAACAAAAAGUAAAAGCCACUGAGUAAAACUGAUACUUUGUGAAGGUGUUUCUUCCGCAAUUCCCUCGCAAACAGUGCUUACUGCACUCGCCUGUCCGGAAAAGACAAUCCACUGUUAAACGUAUACUUUGUGAAAUCUGUCGACUUCAGCGUUUCUAAAAUACGAUUUGCUGUGUUUCUGUUUCCUUUCCCGUUAAUAGUAAUCAGGGCUCAAAAAAAAGAUCCCGUCCGGUAGUUCCGUUAGUCCCGGACUUGCAGAGAGAUUUUCUUGCUGGGCAAGUAACUUUUAAAGUUGAGUAACGGUCGCCGCAAGUCAUCCUGUAACUAAAUCAUUAACAAAGAAGAGCAAAAAGUGACCCCGUGCAAGCAAAAUGUUAGAGCUGUUUGCCCAGAGAAUAAGCUGGAAUUCAAGCUUGUUUCGAGCCUUGAGUAAUGCGCUGGCAUUGAUCCACAUUGAUCAUUUUUUAAAAAAGGCUUGUCAAGCUUAUAUUUGCUAAAUAUAUACAGUCAUCAUUAACUUUGUAUAUCAUCCAAAAUCUCUAAACUUGAAUACUGUUUCACCCUACUUUUAAGAAAUCCUACACUUUGGCUAAACUUGCCGGCAUUGAAAGUUAAGGCGCAUUCUUUUACCAUCUGCUUUAUGCACUAAAGGAGAUCAUUUGUUGUUGUCGUCGUUGCUGCUGUUGUUGUUUUUUUCCGCGUUCUAUUCUAACCUUGGAAACGUAAGUUUGAGUUAGGUAUUUAAAUGAAUAAAGGGUGGAAUGAAUCAGAGCUUGAGCUGUCUUAAAUUUAUGGAGCUACCUUUCUGUUUGUGACUGAACUAUUUUUAAAAACUGAGUCAGUAAAAUGGAUAAAGCAGCUGUCAACCAAUUAACUUCUGUCAAGUAUUUUAUCAUUUCGUGUGUUUUUCCACCUUAAGCUUUAUCCAUGUCUAAUUACUCAAUCACCUUGUCAAUGUCUUUAAUUAAAGUCAGUUAUUUAUCAUGCAAAUGCGAUAAUAUGUUUUUGAUUGAGACCACACUGUAAAAAUUUCAAGUCGUCUGCAAAUACUUCGAUAGCGGAAAAGAAAGGUCUGUUUUUGUCCGGACAGCUGGAAAAAAUUAGUGGGAAAUGGAAGAGACGUAAUUCCAUCUAUCGCCUUUAUUUUAGCAGUAAAGUAUUCCGAUGGGAGUGCAGUGAUAUCCUAGAACUGAAACCAUCUAAGCCCCACCUUAACCAUUGCAGGUUAAUUUAAUCCUUAAGGGUGAUGUUACACGAGACGAUUCGCAACUACGAUUUUGAGCGUAACACAGCGUAUAAACAAUGUUUGAACAAUGCUGCAACCAUUCGAAACAAUGUCGCAACAAUGUUGUAAUGCUGUGUUGCGCUAAAAAUCGUCGUGGCGAAUCGUCUCGUGUAACAUCACCUUAAACACUCAAAGAAACGGGUUAUGAUAAUCAAUAAAAUGAUCACCAAUGGGGAAAUACUUUGAUCUUUUGUCAAAUUCUCUCAGCUAAUUCUCAAGAAAAUCUAUGAAGCUCAGUCUGGAGGAUUUGUAUGUGGAUACGUCAUAUUGGGGCUUACAGGGUUAAUAGGAGUCCUCACUCACUCUUUAAUUUCUAUCGAAGGAGGAAAUCCAGUCAAAGUGAGUCUUGGCCCAAUGCAAGAGAGAAUUAAGCGUCCUGUCUGAUAUCAAAAUUAUUUUCAAAUAACUGUACUUAUCUUGCAUUUCAAGGUUCAUUUGUGGUGUUUCCCACUUUUCCCUGGCAAGUCGACUGUUCUGGGAUUUACCGCGCUUGACGUUCGUGUUUUCCCGCGCUCGUCGCGUUAUGCCACCUGCUACACGCUUUCAUUCGCGCCAAUUGUUCAAGAAUAUUUUUCUUUCGAGCUCCUCGAUUGGCUAAGUCAACGAUUUAGGAGUUUACCGCGCUUGACGUCCUUGUUUUCCCGCGCUCGUCGCGUCAUGCCACCCACUACACUCUUUCAUGCGCGCCAAAUGGUCAGAUGUUUUUCUUUCCAGCUCGCCGAUUGGUUGACCUGGCCGAGGAUGGACUGUUAAGUCAUUGCCACAAAAACUCACUGCAAAUCAUUUUCUUUCAGGUGCAUCCAGUUCAGUAUUAAUCGAGGAAGCCGUUGUUAAAAGGCAAAACCUGCUACCAGGCACACAAUGGCAUAAUGUGAGUCACGUAGGCACAGUUGCGAACAUCACCUUCUCGUAUCGAGUAGUGUGUGAACAGAAUUAUUAUGGCGACUCCUGUUCCAAGUACUGUCUGCCUCGUAAUGACUCCAAUGGACACUAUACGUGUGAUAGUGAUGGUACCAUAGUCUGUUUACCGGGCUGGAAAGGCUCAUAUUGCACCGAAGGUAAUAGCUGUGUUUUACUGUGGUAGACUCAGCGCAUAUUAUGUGGUAUACUCUUACACAGAAAUUACAUUUAACUUACGAUUUGUAAGUGUACGCGGCUUUUAUCGCUUUCUAUCAAAGUGCCUUACGAACAACUUUAUUCCAGGCUAAAUUUAAAGAGGGCGACUUUCUUUUGGCAACGUUAUAACCAGGACAACAGCAAAGAUCUGCUCAGUGGCUUUCUCACAAUAGUCAAAAGUUACACUUUUAUCUGUGGCGUUAAGUUUUGAUACCAGUUCCUAUAGUUGGCUAAACUAUCAAAAUUUCAAACUCAUCAUCAUGUUGAAAGAUAGUAGAAAAUGGAUUUUGUCUGCCAACUGGACGAACUCCGUUUUUACAGUGUCUAGCAUACUGUCAACGAAACCACUCUGUAUCUAUCUAAAAUAAGCCUUACAAUGUAAGUACCAUCUUCCAGAUUAACUUUGCUCGGUAAAAUUAUGACGCGAAACGGAGUCUUGAAGUGGUUUUCAUAUUAUUCAAGUAGCCGACCGAAAUAAUUUCAUAGGCAAUUAGUGCAAUUACAGCAGUGGGAAUUCUAAAACAGAACUAUAAAACAGUUUAGACCUUACAUUAACUGGAAUUUUCAAAGUUUUAUAUACACGGUCGUGCUUCAGGCUGAUCAGUUUAAUGUAAGUAAGUACAAACUUGGGUAAAAAUUUGGAUUUAUCUUAAAACAAAAUGGCAAAUAUGUACAAAAUGAUCGCGCAAACUUAUACUUUGUAAAGCAAUCGAUUCCUGGGUUUCAUUUGGUGCGGAGGCAAAAAUCGAGUGCGAAGUUAGGAAGCUUAAUGAGUUUAAAUUUUCAAGCUUUGUGAACAAAAAAUCCUCCGUUAAGUUUAGUUAAAACAGUUUCCGCACUGAGUUCCUUAGGAAUAUCGCUUCUUUUGCCUGUUGUCCUUAUCUUUUCGUUCACAACAGUUUUUUUCCUUCAAAGUCAUUCAUUUGUGGAACAGCACUAGCCAAUUACCACUGAUCUAACGGAAUUUUUAUAGCUAGCAAAUAGCAAUUUUGUGGUGUACUAUUUUCUUGUGGAAGCCUUCCCUGACAUUUGCUCUAUUGCUCAAUUCCCAAUAACAAGAUUGACUCUUUAAGCCUCUUCUAGUUCUAUAAGCGGAAAUUCCAUGAAAGUAAAGGGCAAAACUCAUAGCCAACUUUUUCUCAAGUUUGGUUAAAAUUACAUGAUUUCUCACUCAACUUAACAAACAGAGGUAAAAACGUAACACAAGCUUUUUAUGUCUUGCUUCAGCGACUUCAGUCGAUNGCAACUUUGUGGUGUACUAUUUUCUUGUGGAAGCCUUCCCUGACAUUUGCUCUAUUGCUCAAUUCCCAAUAACAAGAUUGACUCUUUAAGCCUCUUCUAGUUCUAUAAGCGGAAAUUCCAUGAAAGUAAAAGGGCAAAACUCAUAGCCAACUUUUUCUCAAGUUUGGUUAAAAUUACAUGAUUUCUCACUCAACUUAACAAACAGAGGUAAAAACGUAACACAAGCUUUUUAUGUCUUGCUUCAGCGACUUCAGUCGAUACUUGAAAACAUUCAACAUUCCUGUUCCAUCAAUUUUUACCUUUUUUAAGAAACUUCUACUCAAUAUGAACACUUAGUUUUCGCCGUAUUUUUCCGUCGUUAGGACCUCGUGUAUCUAUCGUUUGUUUACCGUUUUUCAAGGAUUAGGCGUGUUUUGUUGCUUCUUUCUUCUGUAAGUUUGAUUAUUACACAGACUAACAAUACCAUCUGUAAGCUUCUUAUUUGAGCUUAGUAAUAGAUAUUCAAUAAACGUCGUCAUUUUCAAUCGAGGGGACAUAUAGCAAGUUCUCGGAACACAUAUUUAAAUUAUUGAAAAUCCUUUUAUUAGCAUCUCAGCUCAGAAUAUUUAAAUCUGUAGCAGAUUUUAACGAGAAAACUCCAUUACUCUGUGAACCUUGAUUAGUAUGCGCUCUCACGUUGUUCAAUCGAGUGUGUCGUGUCGCCCAACCCAAACAUUUAAUCUUAACAGACCGUAAAAUCAACAAUAUUAAACAAUAUUUUUCGUAUUUUGUGUGGGGGUUGUAUUGUUCAAGGUCGUUCAUUAAUGACCUCUUGUGCAGAGCACGAUAGUGUUAUUGUUAUUGUUUUGAUGCGUGUGUAUGCCUCGCAACUGUGCGCUUAAUUGGCAACUGCAGCUGGCAAUCGUUACGUGCCAAGGCAGGUAGUUCAACAGUUAUGCCUCUAUUUUAUUUUGCCCAAGGGCCCUUUAGAAAACAAACGCGCUUUAGAAAACAAACGGUUUGAUUAGCUUUUCCUCGCUGUUUGACUCGUGGUGCGUGCCCGUGUAGCGCGUAACGAGGGUGACGCGCGUGGAGAGCCUUGGUGACUCGUCUGUAUAAUUCGUAAAUGAUCGGUGAAAGUCUCUUAAACACGCGGAUGAUGAUAUGAAAUGGGUGUUGACGAAUAAAGACGUUCAGUUUCUGUAAAAUUAAAUGUGUUAUUCGCUUUGGCAAAAACGAAAAAUCUGUAGCAUUUGCUGCAAUUUCCACAUGCACAUCAUAUUUUUUCUGCACUAACAUACUUUCCCUAAUGUCCUAGUUGUUUGCCGAGAAGGAUGCCACCCAACUUACGGCAGCUGUGUCACGCCGAACACUUGCGAGUAAGUAAGCCAGUUAGCUACUUUCGAUGUUAGUGAUGCCCUCAAUUGGGUGGAAGUCCUUCACACAACGGAUGUUUAAAAACACAUUGAGGGCUUUUACAAACAUUCUAAAUGAACUAGAAACAGAUUUUUGAAUAUGGAAAAAGAGAAAAAACUGAAAUCAAGGGAAUCGAGAAAAUGAAGUGAGUACCAGAUCGAAGUCCAGCAUAUGAAGGUUUCACACAGCGCAUUAGCGAACAAACCGGUGUAUGUCUAAUAACCUUUCUGUUGUGUUCUUUUAUUUCCAUUUUAUCCCCCUUUCCAACAAUAAUAGCAGAUAUAACGAGGAAACAAUUUUAAAAACUCUUCUUUUAACGUUUCGGUCGAUAUGUAAAACUUCACGUCAGGUACAGCCGUACGUACUUUUUUGCAAUUGUCUAAAACAAGAGCAGCCAUUUGGUCCGCUGAAAUAAGCAAACGUGACAAUAAGAUUCAUACAUAUGGUUAAGCUAACCCAGCCCCUCAAAAAAAAGCUACCUUCUUAAAAACGUUGUAAGAGAUCUUUGGAUUCUUAGACGAGUGCGACUACGAGUACGAGAUUUUCUCAAAACCAAGUAGCGCGCGCGCGCGCGCGCGUUAACCAGCGUCAUUUUAGCGGGAAAACGUGAUAGUCGUUGUCAUUCUACUGAGGUUUUUAACUAUACCUAAAAAAAACUUUUAAUCAGAUCUCGUACUCAUAGUCUUUCUCGUCCUUGAAUCUGGAAAUACUUAUUGAUACUAAUGUUAAAACUUUCAUCAUCUCUUUAUAGUUGUGCAAGUGGGUGGAAAGGCGCAAAUUGCACGCAAUGUCGUAAAGAGCCCCGGUGUGUCCAUGGUACAUGUAGGUCGCCAUGGGAAUGUAACUGUGACUUCGGAUGGGGUGGAAUUUCCUGUGAUGUUGGUAAGUUUCUCCAUACAUUUGUCUGUUUAACCUAAAUUUCUCCUAGUUUUCAGUAUUAUUAGACCAGGGAACAUCUCAUCCUUAUUAAACGUGCUAUUUUCAGAUUUGGAAGUCUGCGGUCGAAAAAAGCCGUGUAAAAACGGUGCAACUUGCACAAACAUUCGAGGAGGACACUACGCUUGUUCGUGCGCAAAAGGUUAUACUGGAAAAAACUGCACCGUGGGUGAGUAGACUUAUUGCGACCCAUAUCGAUGUAUUUAACAAUUAUUCCUCGAGCCCUAAUGGGCUCUGAGUCAAUAGCCAAUGGGCUAUUGACUCAGAGGCCAUGAGGGCGAGAGGAAUAAUUGUUUCAGUAAAAUCCAACUAGUUGUUAAAAAAUAUCAAGACAAAACAACUUUAGCCAGAAAAAGCUACACUUUAAUCGAUUUUUGCACACCAAAUUGCCGGCGCUUUUCGCUACUAGUGGGCUAUAACAUAUAGCGUAGUAGAAGCUCAACCAAUCAGAACGCAGCAUUGAUAAUAGACCACUAGUUGGAUUUUACUAAAGUGAGAUAUUCCUCCCCCAGGCAAUAUCCGAUUAUUUGAUAGAAUUUAGAAGGGCCAUACACCGUUUAUGGCCAAAUAAACUAUUUGUAAAUGUGCUCCAAACUUCUAGUUAUUUGUGUCUCCAUGAAGUGGACAACACUACUGAUUCCACCACUUACUUUACCCACCUUGUUACCAACCCCCCUGGGAAUGAUGCUGGACCCACUAAGAGAUCUGCUCACUGGGACCGAGUCCCAUCUUUUUUUAGAGAGAGAAAUUUUAAGGAGGGCACAGCGGCUUAUUAUUUUGUCAUGCUUUGCAUUUUUCAGAAAUAAAUGAAUGUGCCAGUGAUCCGUGCUUUAACGGAGGAAACUGUACGGUAAGAUUAAAUUGUGUGUUGUUAUAUCAUGGUUAGUCUCCCACGCAGACGUUCUUUUGGCCCGUCGCGUGACGAACCCCUAAGAACGUUUGUAUGGGAGGCUUAAUUACGGUCUAAUCUAGCGACAAGGGCAAAAAAGGGAGUGGCUUGUGAAAGGAUGUGCUUUCUUUCUUUGAAACUUCCUUUUCACUCGCUGGCGGAGUGGACUGUAUUAUUUGUGUUAUACUGGAGGUAUAAUCAUUGAUUACGGAUCCAUGUUCGUCACUUACGGAAAAAUUACGUAAACGAAAUCGAGUCCAAAGGAGUCCAUUUUCCCAGCCAAGGUGCCCCUGAUAAAAUGAAAAGGGGCGGCUAAUUUGCAGUCGCCCGUGAUACAGUCAACUCUCGCCUUGCGGACACCCCGCUAUAACGGACACUCCGAUAAUACGGACAGCAGUAGCUCGAAAAUUUCUGCCUUAGUGCCACAGGAACACCAGAUUGGGAUGCGUUCUGACAAACGCGAUGAGCAGUGAUGAGUGACUGCUACUGGCUUCAGUCUUCGUCUCUGUCGGUUUCCUCCGACCGUGGGAGAUCUGAGUACAAGAUUAGGAUUGAUGUUGAAUUUCUGUCUAGAGGGUUUAUUAGUCAACCUUCAUUGUAUAUUAAAGGUAUUUCUUAUAUAAGCAAGCAAGAUGCUCAAAUCGCUUGAGUUAAAUUUGCAAUCAGCUAUUGAAGGGAAAUGAAAGUAGUUUGAGAGUAACGAAGAAAACUAUAAACCCUCUGUGGUCUAUUUUUUGGCCAGUUUCCUCUACUGUAAAACAUGAUUCCCUAGUCAGUAAGCUUUCGAGCCUCAAGCUCCAGCUGUCCAACAGCUGAACGGACGUGUUGCUGCAUUUUGAGCCCGAUUGUGGGCGAUUAACCCUUUCACUGCCAGAGUGUUUGAUGCAGUUUUGUAAGGUGACUCUAACUUUUGAGUCUAUGGACGAAAUCCUAUGAUGUGACCAUUCAAAUGAAAGGUCUCUGCCUGUACUUUCACAUGAUGCUUCUUGUUUGUUAAAAUUUUAGAAAAUGAAAUUUGCAAAUUUGGUCGAAAUUGGCCUUUGGCCACAUUUGGCAGUGAUAGGGUUAAGGGGCUUUAUCACGAGGAUAUUGCUGACGUAGGUCAAUUCUGUACCCAGUUGUUUUCAAGUUAUAAGUCAUGUCCAUCCUUGCCAUUCGUAGCAACAGAUGACAGGGAACAGUUUCAAUUCCUCAAUAUGGUCCGUUAAAUAACAAAACUGGACCAUUAUUUUUGGAAUUUAAUUGAUGUGAACACACGAUUCAGCUUUUUAAAAGGAUAGCGAAUGGUGUGAUAUACCCCUUUUAAUCUGAUUGCAGCAUUUUACUUGUUUUGCAGGAUCUAAUAGGAGAUUUCAACUGUUCCUGUCCCGAGGGAUAUAGCGGGAAACAGUGCUAUCCCGACUGUGGGCCCAAUAGAUGCCAUAAUGGUGGCACUUGCGUGAAUGGUAUUCGCGGCUACCAUUGCAUAUGCGAGAAGGGAUUUACCGGAAGUAUUUGUGAGGUGGUGAUACCAACAGUUCCUACGAAUCAUUCUUCGAGCAACAGUACUACCAAUCAGCCGAUUAAUACUAUUGAAAGCACUACAAAUGGAACUGUUAAUACCACAUUGGCAACGGCAACAACAACAAAGCAUACAACUAAAAAUGAGUCAAUGGGUAGGUAGUAUAUAACAGCUGGUAAAUGCGAAUUCAUGAGAGCUUGGAAAUGGCCUUAACCGGGCCUUUUUCUUAACGCUUUCAGGCGCGGGUCUAAGAUCAAUAGUGACCAAAGACGCAAACUUCUGGGGUGGUCUUGAGGCAUGCUAGCCCAGGAAAUUUUUUUUUGGAUUUUAGCUCCCUAAAGUACCCUUUCCUGGGUUUUCGAGUCUUUCAGAUACACUAUUGCCCAGAUUUCAACUUGUAGAGUUAUUUUAUUAUUAAAAAUAUAUUUAUCAUGAAAAAUCUGGCCGAUUUCCGUAGAACGGUGGAAACUGGUGUGGAUCCCCGCCUGGCUUUAGACGCCUAAAAUAGUCCAAAGAUACGUCAUGUAAUAACUGAUUAUUUCUUAAUGCAACAUUUUUAUUCGUUUUACAGGAGACACGUACAAUUCAGAGAGAAAAUCAGGUAGGUUAAACUUUGCAUAUUGCGGUGCAACAAACUCAACAGGAGACACUGCCUGAGUGGAGUUGGUGCUCUUGUUCUCCUGAUUAUUAGGAAACACAACUAAAAGAAAGAAAAAAAAGGGGGGAUGUUAUUUUGUGUAUGUGGGGGGACAACAAAAAAAGCGGGAGCCGCGGGGGGGGGGGGGGGGGGGGCGGAAUGCCAUAUAAAAUUGACAGGGCAUUUUUUGUAAAUUUCUUUAUGCACAGUGCUAAGCGUUACCUGAAUGGACAAAUAUAGUGACUUUCCAUCCUAAACACCCUAAGUGAGACCAAAAUCUGCAAUUUACACCUCAAAGCGAGACAACGAGCAUGCCCGCCACUUUUGUAUGGGAGUCCCUCCCCCCUCCCCCCUCCGCCGGGGGCCUCCGACUUCCAGGUACAAGCCACCCGGGUGGCUUAUAUUUGGAGGGGCGAUUUAACGGAGGGUUUUUUGCGUUACCGGAUUGGGGGGCUUAUAUUUGGAGGUGCUUAUACAUGGAGGGGCUUAUUUUCGGAAUUCUACAGUAAUUGUUUCAUUUCCUUCUCAGGGAUCACAAAACAAACUACCAUGAUCGUCUCCAUUGUGGUCUCUCUUAUAAUACUUCUUCUUUGUAUCGUCGCUUGCAUGGCAUGGAAAUUCUGGAGAAAACACAGGCGAGGUCCUGACAACGACACAGCGGGAACCGCUGAACAAUCGGCGCAAGCUGCUAAUCCGAAACAAAUAGACAUUGAGGAUCCUGAUUCAAAACAUUGUGCGGGCGCAAGGUCAGGAAAUCCUGAAAUUAUAAGAAAUUUCGUCGCUUCAAGACAGCAAGAAAAGAAUACAAAUAAAACGAAAGAGAACCUUGGAGAUGAAAAGAUUCUUAAAGGAAAAAAGUUCAGAGAAAAUACUAAGUAA